AUGAACAAAAACGGAACAGCUAAAAUGAAUGAUAAUCAAAUAAGAGCAGAAGGUAGAAGGUUAUUUAAACGCUUCUAUAACAUUCCUGAUGGUGUUAAUCCUAAAACUCGUAGAAGCUAUUUAAAUGAAGCAAUAGAUGCAUAUGAAGGGUUUGACAUUUCAUCAGAAAGUGAGAGAUUAGCGAGAAUGUUAAAUGUUAAUAUUGAUUUCUAUUAUUGUGAUCCUCAACCAGAAGACGUGGACAUAAAUAAGGUAGACUUUCCAUUAGUGGAAUCAAUAAUGAUAGAUCCAGAAUUUGAAACAGUAAAUAUUUUAUUAACACAAAGUCCAUGUGGAAAACUUCACGCUGACAGAAUAACAGACGUUGAAGCACUCACCGGCUAUAAAGUUUGUCCAUAUUGUAAAGAAGAAGUUUAUUCUAUCCGUGAUGAUCCAGAAAGGAAAAACCAAAGAAGAUUUUUAAAGCAUUGUGAGAAAUGUAAAGAAAAUAAUGGAAGAUUAAUUCAAGACGUUCAAUUGCAAAAGACCCAGCAACCAUAUGCACCACAUAUUACGAAACAGAAGAUAUAUCAGUGGUUAUUAGCUCAUAAUUGCAGAAAUAUUAUAAACCGACACGAUAUUAUAUUACUUUUGACUUUGAAACAUUAG